AAUUGGAAAAAGAAAUGGAGAAACGAUCCGACCUGAAGAAAAUAAAACCAAUGGAGAGAUAGAGAGAAGACAACGAGAGAAGUCUCCGUUUCGAUCCAAAUCACAGACGAGGAAGAAGAAGAAGAGAGCUUCGCUUGGUUGCUUGCUUGCUACGGACGGUGGCUAUGGCGAGAGGUUCUCUUCUCGCGUUUCAGUUAUGGAUCUCCGCCUGCCUGCUUCUCGUUCUCCGAGCUUCCUCCUUCUACCUCCCCGGAGUCGCUCCUCAGGACUUCCAGAAGGGUGAUGAACUGAAGGUGAAAGUGAACAAACUAACGUCCAUAAAGACACAGUUGCCUUACACCUACUAUUCUGUUGAUUAUUGCAAGCCAGAUAAGAUAGUUGACAGCGCUGAAAAUCUAGGAGAGGUUCUUCGGGGUGACCGCAUUGAAAACUCUCCUUAUGUGUUUAAAAUGAGAGAGCCACAAAUGUGUAACAUUGUAUGCCGAAAGACCCUAAAUGCAAAAACUGCAAAAGACUUCAAGGAAAAGAUAGAUGAUGAAUACCGUGUAAACAUGAUAUUGGACAACCUCCCUUUGGUUCUUCCUGUAGCAAGGCCUGAUCAGGGAACUCACACGGUGUAUCAGCAUGGCUUUCCUAUCGGUUUUAAGGGACAGUAUUCAGCAAGCAAGGAAGAAAAACAUUUUAUCUACAAUCACUUAGUGUUCACUGUUAAGUUUCAUCGAGAUACUGUAACUGAGGCAGCAAGAAUUGUGGGGUUUGAGGUCAAACCAUUCAGUGUGAAGCAUACAUAUGAAGGCGAUUGGAAUGAGAAGACCCGUCUGACAACCUGCGAUCCCCAUGCAAAACGCACAGUUACCAACUCUGAGACUCCUCAAGAGGUUGAAGAUAAAAAAGAAAUCAUCUUCACGUACGACGUUGAUUUCCAGGAGAGUGAUGUCAAGUGGGCAUCUCGGUGGGACACUUAUCUUCUGAUGGCUGAUGAUCAGAUCCACUGGUUCUCAAUUGUGAACUCUCUUAUGAUCGUAUUAUUCCUCUCGGGUAUGGUAGCUAUGAUAAUGUUACGAACUCUCUAUCGCGACAUCUCAAAGUACAACCAACUUGAGACCCAAGAAGAGGCCCAGGAAGAGACAGGCUGGAAACUGGUACAUGGAGAUGUCUUCAGGCCCCCAGCAUACUCAGACCUGCUUUGUGUCUAUGUUGGAACGGGUGUCCAGUUCUUUGGGAUGACCCUUGUCAUGAUGGUCUUUGCUGUCCUAGGUUUCCUUUCCCCCUCGAACCGAGGCGCGCUUAUGACGGCUAUGCUUCUCCUCUGGGUCUUCAUGGGAAUCUUGGCGGGCUACUCCUCUGCCCGUCUUUACAAAAUGUUCAAGGGUACGGAAUGGAAGAAGAUCACUCUCAAGACUGCCUUUACCUUCCCUGCCACUGCAUUUGCUAUAUUCUUCGUCCUAAAUGCCCUUAUCUGGGGUGAGAAGUCGUCUGGGGCUGUUCCAUUCGGGACCAUGUUUGCUCUUGUACUAUUGUGGUUUGGUAUCUCUCUUCCUCUCGUCUUCGUGGGAAGCUACGCUGGGUUCAAGAAGCCACCAAUUGAAGAUCCUGUGAAGACCAACAAGAUCCCCAGACAGAUUCCGGAGCAACCUUGGUACAUGACUCCUGUUUUCUCUAUCCUAAUUGGAGGAAUCCUCCCAUUCGGGGCAGUCUUCAUCGAGCUCUUCUUCAUCCUGACCUCGAUUUGGCUCCAUCAGUUCUACUACAUAUUUGGGUUCCUCUUCAUAGUCUUCCUCAUCCUCAUCGUGACCUGUGCUGAGAUCACGAUCGUCCUCUGCUACUUCCAACUAUGCAGCGAGGACUACCAUUGGUGGUGGAGGUCUUACUUGACUUCAGGCUCUUCCGCCCUCUACCUCUUUCUCUAUGCGACCUUCUACUUCUUCACAAAGCUCGAGAUCACAAAGCUAGUCUCAGGGGCACUCUACUUCGGGUACAUGCUCAUCAUCUCAUAUGCCUUCUUCGUGGUCACUGGCACGAUUGGGUUCUACGCAUGCUUCUGGUUCACAAGGCUGAUCUACUCCUCAGUGAAGAUUGACUGAACGAAGUUCAGGAACUUGAACCCGAUCAAGGGGAUCCGCUCGUCCCUGCUUUGACCAGGUAAGAACGUUCUAUUAGAGGCUGGGCAAAUCUUUUGUAACGAGUUCUCGAAUUAGAUCAUACGAUGUGUUGUGAUUAGGGUUCUCCAUACAGGUCUUUUUCUAUAUUUGGCAGCUUUUAGUUCCAUUUUUCCUUUGUGAUCUGUCAUUUUUGUAUCACUAUGUGUUGUCAUCCAAAACGGCUCUGUUUAGAAACUUCAACUAUUAAAAGUGCACUACUUAGUAAUUCAAAAUCGAAACUUCGCAAUUCAUUACCA